CCCUGCAGUCAUUUGGAGAGGUAUUUCAUGCAUGGGCUUUCCGUGCCACCAUUUUUGAGGUGCCUCAAAAAGCAUUUCAUGCCUGGGCUUUCCGUGCCACCAUUUUUUAGGCGCCUCAAAAAGCAUUUCAUGCCUGGGCUUUCCGUGCCACCAUUUUUGAGGCGGCUCAAAAAGCAUUUCAUGCCUGGGCUUUCCGUGCCACCAUUUUUUAGUCGCCUCAAUCAUCAUUACAUGCCUGGGCUUUCCUUGCCACCAUCCCUGUGUCGUGCUGUGGGAGACGGCCAUAGCGCGCAUGCGCGGCAUGAUGGAGGAGCAGUUUGCGUCCAUGUCGUCGGCCGACCACAUGCUCAUGGUCAUGGAGGACGUCUCCCUCUUCGCCGCCGCCCUCCGCCGACACGGCUUCCAGGUCUGAUUGUCGCCCUUCUCCGAUACGGCUUCCAGAUCAGAUUGCCGCCCUUCCCCGAUACGGCUUCCACCUGAGAUUGCUGCCCUCCGCCGAUUCGACUUCCAGGUCAGUAAAAGCUACAGGGGGCCCAAUAUGCCCCAUAUAUCCCUGCCCUAGCCAUGUCUCUCUCAGCUGUCUCUCUUGACAAGAUUACUGGUCCGGUUGCUCCAUUUCCCUGUAUCAAUCCGUUUUCAUCUCUACUUGUUACAGGUUUCUCCACUACUGGACGUGCUGGCGUUUAUGAGGGACAUGUGCUAGAGGAGGCGUAGUGGCCGGCCAACCACUUGAUUGCCACAUCCCGCUGCUCCCCCCAUCAACCCUUUUCAACUGUACUCGUUACAGGUGUCUCCGCUACUAGACGUGCUGGCGUCCAUGAGGGACAAGUACCACGAGCUGCUGCUGGAGGAGGUGCGGCGGCAGGUGAACGACUCCAUUGCCAACAACAAGCUGGAGCAGAUGGUGAUGCGCAAGGAGUACGAGUACAGCAUGAACGUGCUCGCCUUCCACAUCCAGAGCACGGACAUCAUGCCCGCCUUCCCCUGGAUCGCGCCCUUCUCAGCGUCGGUGCCGGAGAUCUGCCGCAUCGUGCACAUCUUCAUUGACAGCUCCGGGUCAUUCCUGAAGCACACGGGCCACAUGGACCAGUACGACCUGGUCAGGCGCUACUUGGACCGCCUGCUCACUACGGUGGUCAACAAGGUGCUGCUAAGGCUCAUUGGCAACCCCACGCUGCAAGUGUCGCACACCAUGCAGGUGGCCGCCAACAUGACAGUGAUGGAGCGCGCAUGUGCGUUCUUCGCCGAGCACGCAGCCAAGUCUUGCGGCACCCUGUCGCGCCUGGUGGACGGUGCGCACGGCACGCUGGCAGCCAGGAACAACCUGAGGCAGUCGCAGGCAGGGGCGUACGAUGCGAUGCUAAGGAUCAUGAACUAGAAGAUCGACGACAUGAUGGCGCCUGCAGAGCAGAUCCCGUGGAAUCCCAUGGAGCCUCCCGGGCUAGUGAACGAGUACCUCAUGGACCUCUACAUAUACCUGGAGACAAUGAUGGAGACCGCCAGACAGCUGCUGCCCCUCGACGCCUUCCAGCGGGUGAGUGGUGGCAUGAUGCGCCAUAUCAGCAACGUGCUCGUGAGCCUGCUGUGUGGCGCGGCUGUGCCGCGGUUCAACAUGUACGCGAUCCAUGGGGUGGACAACGACCUGCGCGUGAUCGAGGGCUUUGCGGACGAGGAGGACGAGAAGAGCGGCGUCAUGAAGUACAACGGCGAAGCGGUGCCGCUCAAAUCGCACCUUGAUGAGUCGCGGCAGCUGAUCAAUCUCAUUCUGAGCAAUAACCCGGAGCAUUACGCAACCAAGUCGCAUCGGGAGAAUUACGGGGCCCUCGCACCGACUAAAGUGCUCAUUGUCGGCGAUAAAUACCGGGAUGUGGGAGAGGCAACGGUGGGUUUGUUUGGCACACGCAAUUCAAAGCAGGGGAACAAGAAGAAGGGACUGGAUGCACUAGCACGGAGGCUAAGGGAAGACAUUGCAAAUUCAACUUGAACCUCAUCGUAGCAAAAAGUUGAUGUAAUCUUUGAUUUGUGGCAUACUAUAAUGGCAAUCUACAGUUGUUAUUGUUUUUCAUAGCGUACUGCCCAGUUAUAA